CGAAGACGUGGGGACGCAGGCGGGCCGUAUAGAGCGCUCAGCUGCCUCUGUAUCUUCCCAGAUUCCUCACGUCUGACCACAUUUUCCCGUCACAGGCUUGAUAUCUAACCAUGCAGCGGAGGUCAAGAGGAAUUAACAUUGGGCUGCUCCUGCUCCUUUCUCAAAUCUUCCACGUUGGGAUCAACAAUAUUCCACCUGUCACCCUAGCAACUUUGGCUCUCAACAUCUGGUUCUUCUUGAACCCUCUGAAGCCACUGCUUAGCUCCUGCCUUAGUGUGGAGACGUGUUACCAGCAAAAAGACUGGCAGCGCUUACUGCUUUCCCCUCUUCACCACGUGGAUGAUUGGCACUUGUAUUUCAAUAUGGCAUCCAUGCUCUGGAAAGGAAUUCAUCUGGAAAGAAGACUAGGAAGUAGAUGGUUUGCCUACGUCAUCACCACGUUCUCCCUACUCACUGGGGUGGUGUACCUGCUCUUGGAAUUUGCUCUGGCAGAAUUUAUGGAUGAACCUGACUUCAGAAGGAACUGUGCUGUAGGUUUCUCAGGAGUUUUGUUUGCUUUGAAAGUUCUUAACAACCAUUAUUGCCCUGGAGGCUUUGUCAACGUUUUGGGCUUUCCAGUACCCAACAAAUUUGCUUGUUGGGCAGAACUUUUGGCUAUUCAUUUCAUCUCACCAGGGACUUCCUUCGCCGGGCAUCUGGCCGGGAUCCUUGUUGGACUGAUGUACACCUGCGGACCUCUGAAGAAGAUCAUGGAAACGUGCUCAGGUGUUUUUCCCUCCAAUAUUGAUUACCCAGGACAGCAGUACUACUUUAAUAGUUUAGGCUACUCUGGAUAUCAGGAUUAUUACCCACGUGGCAGGCCAGGUUACCCUGAAGAGGUACCCAGGAACUUUGACGCGUAUACAGCGGGACUGAGUGAAGAGGAACAGCUGGAGAGAGCACUAAGAGCCAGCCUCCGGGACCAAGGAAAUCACAGAAAUAGCCCCCCCGCCUAUCGGUUCCAUCUCACACCAGAAGAAGAAAUGAGGAGAAAGCGGCUUCACAGAUUCGACGGCCAGUGAGGUGACCCGGCCAUGUGA